GCCGGGGCCGCCCGUCCUCCCCCCGAGGAACUACAGCUCCCGGCGUGCCCCGCGCCGUUCCCAUGGCCACGGGCAGCCGGGCCCGCGCCACGCGCCGCGAUGCCCAAGGCCAGUGAUACUUUAUGGGAUCUUGCUAUAGCUGAAGUGGAGAAGAGAGAAAAUCCCGAUGAUGAUGAUGUCAAGCCAGGGGAAGUUUGGGAAAAAUCAAUAUUAUUUAUGGGAAACAAAAACGGGGGAAAGACCACUAUCAUACUGAGAUGCCUUGAGAGGGAAGAGUCUCCAAAGCCAACAUUAGCUUUGGAAUAUACUUUUGGAAGAAGAGCAAGGAGACACAAUUCACCUAAAGAUGUAGCUCAUUUUUGGGAAUUAGGUGGUGGAACCUCAUUAGUGGAACUCAUUCGAAUACCAAUCACUAGCCACAACAUAAGGUCAUUUGCUGUGGUUCUGGUACUGGAUCUCUCCAAACCUAAUGAGCUCUGGACUACUAUGGAGAGCCUUCUGCAGGUCACCAGAAGCCACGUGAACAAAAUUUUAACCAAACUAGAAAAGACAAACGCUGAAGUAGCUGCUGAAAUUAAACAGAGAAUGUGGAACAAUCUGCAGAGGGAUCACCCUGACAGUGCAUUAGUUGACCCUUUUCCAAUACCCUUGGUGAUAAUUGGAAGCAAAUACGAUAUUUUUCAUGAGUUUGACUCUGAAAUGAGGAAAAUAAUAAGCAAGACACUUCGAUUUGUUUCACAUUAUUAUGGAGCAUCAUUAGUGUUUACCAGUAAAUCUGAGGCUCUCCUGCUGAAAGCCCGUGCUCUUAUUAAUCACUUGGCAUUUGGCUACGAUAAAAGCAAGUCUGUAUCAGUGGAUCCCAGCAAACCUCUCUUUAUACCAGCAGGCCUGGAUUCCAUGAGCCAAAUAGGACCACCACCUGCCUCUGACAGUGAUCUUGGAAAGAUGCGUGCCAACACACCUUUGGAACUAUGGAAAAAAGUAUUUGAGAAAACAUUUCCUCCCAAGAGUUUCUGUGAUUUACAAGAUACAAAGGACCCUGCACAGGAUAGUCAAUAUGCUGAGUAUGAAGUUGAUGUCAUGAGAGCUCAGAAAAAUCAGGAACUUGAACAAUACAAAAGAAAUGCCUCUAAAUCCUGGAAAGAAAUGGAUUUUGAUUCUGAUUGAGGAACUGCUCUGUCUUCAGUUUAACACCAUUUACAAAAUUAUUUUUAUCAUUUUUACAUUACAUGAGCAAUUUCAUCUGAUGCAGUUGAAAAUAUAUAAUACCAAACUACAACGUUGGUAUUUAUUAAGCAUCCCUGCUGUUACUUUCCAGAAAAGGAGCUGUUUAUUCACUCAGUCCAAAUUUGUUUAUCUUGGCACUAGCAAAGAGUUUUAAAAAGUGGGGUGAAAGGAGUUCUUGAUUGCUCUCAGAUGGGUCUGUAUAUGAAGACUGGCAUUACUCAAUUCUAUAUAUUUUAUAACACAUUAUUUUACUUACUUUUGAAUACUUCUAGUCUAAACAUAUAUUUAAAUAUAAACAAGUUUUCACACCCAAAAUAUGAAAUUGUGUAGUGUGCUAGGCAUCUUUUUGUAGUUCAAAACCAAAGGUUAAGAAAUACUUGCAUAAUUGUUUGAUAUAUUUGAAUAAAUAAAAAAACCCCUA